GAUUAUUUUUGUAUUGAAUGUGUUUUUGAUUGACAGGUUAUUUGUAUUUAAUGAGAAAAAUACUUGCAAAGUAUAUUAUACGUAUAUAUACAUUAGUAAAGUCAUUUACAUCGAUAACUCAGUGAAAUUUUGAUAUCUAGGAAAUACCAGAAACAGGUUAAGAUGUCCUGAAUUUAACAUACCUACCACCAGAAUUUUCAAAAUUGAUUUUUGUUGAGAAUAUGUGAAGUUUUGUAACGUAUUCAUGAAUGGCAAAUGAAAAGGAGGUGUACAAGCUCGACGAGCCGCACGGCCUGGGCGAUGUCUUCUUCAGCUGGCAGCGCGGCAGCGGGAGCUACCUGGCGACCACCGGGGUCGACCAGACGGUCGCCAUCUUCGACCGCAGCGGCCGGAUGGUGGAGCGACUCAGGCUGCCCGGGAUGUGCGCCGGGUUCGGCUGGGACGCCGACGGCGACCUGCUGGCCGUCAUCGCCGCCGGCGCGCCGUCCGUGCUCCUGUGGGACGCCAACACGGCCCGGAGGCAGCAGGUCGACACGGGCAUGCGCGACCCCCUCAGCUGCGUGGUGUGGGCCAAGUCGGGCCCGCUCCUCGCCGUGGGCACGGCGCGGGGCAACGUCGCCAUCUACAACCACAGCACGGCCAAGCGGGUGCCCGUGCUGGGGAAGCACGCCAAGCGGGUGAGCUGCGGGGCGUGGAGCGCCGGGAACCUGCUGGCGCUGGGCUCGGAGGACCGCACCCUGUCCCUCAGCAGCGCCGAGGGGGACACCCUGCGCGUCGUGCCGCUCCGGGCCGAGCCCAGCGACGUGCAGUUCUCCGAGAUGAAGCUGGACGAGCGGGCGGGCUCCGAGAACACCGUGAGCAUGGUCUUGGGGAAGAAGACCUUGUUCCUGUACAACCUCCACGAGCCGGACAACCCGGUGGAGCUGGCGUUCCAGCAGAAGUACGGGGCCGUCGUCGCGUACAAGUGGUUCGGGGACGGCUACAUCCUCCUGGGCUUCGCGGCCGGCUACCUCGUCGCCAUCUCGACGCACGCCAAGGAGGUGGGCCAGGAGCUGUUCCAGGUGAAGAACCACCGGGACCGCCUGUCGGACGUCGCCGUCUGCGGCCGGCUCGGCAAGGUGGCGUCGUGCGGCGACAACACGGUGAAGAUUCACGACACUAGCAACCUGCAGGAUACUUCGGCCGUGCUAUCGCUGGACCAGGAGAACGCCGCGCGGCGUCUCGGCUGGAGCGAGGACGGACAGCUUCUGGCGCUCGCUGCGUCGAGCGGCUGCGUGCACGUCUUCCUGACACGCCUGCCCCUGAUGCACGCCGCCUGCGCGUCGCGAGCGGCGCUACUGUCCGGCCUCGCCGAGGUGUCCCUGUACGCCUGCGACCUGGAGAGCAAGGGCAAGCCGUCGUGCUCGCUGACCCUGGAGCUGCCGGUGGAGCCCGGCUGGCUCAGCCUCGGGCCCUACCACUGCGCCGCCGGCCUCAACAACCGCGCCUGGUUCUACGACCUGGCAGCCGCCGGGACGCCCGGCUUCGUCGCCAGGGAGCGGGAGUACGUGGGCAACGUCGCCUCCGCGCGCCUCAACGCCGAGUACGCGUCCGUGCUGUACGAGGGGAGGAUACAGCUGCACCUGAUAGAACCUGGAGCUGACGACCUUGAAAACCGGGAGACAAAAAUGUUUCCGGACAGCUCCUUACAAGAAAUGAACAUUACCUGCCAUGCACUCACCACCGACUUUUUAAUUUACGCCUCUGAUAUGGGACACCUUCACUACUUCCUGCUGGAGGACUGGAAGCUGGUGAGCGAGUACCGGCACGCCGUGGGCGUCCGGGACGUGUUCCCCGACCAAUCAGGCGGCCGGCUGGCCUUCGUCGACGACCGCAGCGAGGGAUACGUCUACAGCCCCGUGACGGACGAACUGUUGAAAAUCCCGGACUUCCCUCCGACGUGCAACGCCGUCCUGUGGGACUCCUCCCCGCCCGACAGGAACGUGCUCGUAGCGUUCGACAAGUCCAGGAUCAUCACGUACAUAUACGUGAAGGAGUCCAUUAACGGCGUGGGCCUGGAGACGGUGGGGGAGACGAGGCUGACCCCGGGACACGAGCCGGUGCUGCUGUGCGGGGGCCGGCUGGCGGCGGAGACCCCCGGCGGGAGGCUGUCCCAGCUGGCGCUGUCCACGCACGAGGAGGCGUCUCCGCCCUCCGCCGCCGUCCAGGAAGAGACGCUGGGCCGCCAGCUCGGGCUCCGCAAGUUUGAUGAGGCAUGGAAGACGUGUCAAGUUCUGAAUAUCAAAGAAUGCUGGAACCAGUUGGCCGAGGCAACGCUUAGAAAUCUGGAUAUUGAGUUAGCCAUACGAGUAUACCGCCACAUCGGGGACGUAGGAAUGGUGUGGUCGCUGCAAGAUAUUCAGUACGUGGAAGACAAGAAACUCCUAACCGGGCACGUUGCCAUGUUCCUGAAGGAAUUCGAAAAGGCCCAGGAGUGGUACCUGGCGUCCGGCCGGCCGGCGGCGGCCCUGGAGAUGAGGCGGGACCUGCUCCAGUGGGACCAGGCGCUCCAGCUCGCCGCGAGACUCGCCCCGGAGGAGACACCGUACAUCGCCCGCGAGUACGCGCAGCAGCUGGAGUUCGUGGGAAACUACGCGGAGGCGCUGGGCCACUACGAGCAGGGUCUCCUGGCGCUCCGCCCCGGGGGCGGCGCGGUGGACGGGGGGACGCACGUGGCCCAGUGCCGCGCGGGUGUCGCCCGCACGGCCAUACGCUGCGGGGACGUGCGUCGCGGCGUCGCGCUGGCCUCCGACGCCGGCGCCGGCCGCCAGCUCAGGAGGGAGUGCGCCGAAAUCCUGGAGGGCAUGAAGCACUACGUGGAUGCGGCGUCUCUGUACGAGAAGGGGCAGUAUUUCGACAAGGCAGCGUCCGCGUACAUUCGCUUGAAGAACUGGAACAAAGUGGGUGAGCUGCUUCCGCACAUCACGUCGACGAAGAUACACCUCCAGUACGCCAAGGCGAAGGAAGCGGACGGGAAGUACAAAGAGGCCGCUGACGCCUACGCAGCGGCGAGAGACUUCGACAGCGUGAUUCGAAUAAACCUCGAUCACCUCAACAACCCGGACGAGGCGGUCCAGGUCGUCAAGGAGACCAAGAGCAUCGAGGGUGCGAAGCUGGUCGCCAAGUUCUUCCAGCGGCUGGACGACUACUCGUCGGCCAUACGGUUCCUGCUGCUGUCGCGCUGCCACGACGAGGCGUUCCAGCUGGCGCGGCAGCACGGCCGCAUGGAGCUGUACGGGGAGGUGUUGUCCUCGUCGCUGGACGUCGACCCGCGCCCCGGGGACUUCAAGAGCCUCGCGCUGCACUUCGAGGCGGAGCGGAACAGCCUCCUGGCGGGCAAGUACUUCUUCCACGCCGGCGAGCACCACAAGGCCUUGAAGCACUUGAUGACUGUGAUGAAAGCGAACCCUGAGAACGAAGAAGCUGUAACUCUUGCCAUAGACGUUGUGGGCGCUUCUAACGAAGAUUUCCUGGCCAAUCAGUUGAUUGAAUUCCUGCUGGGAGAAUCCGAUAACAUACCAAAGGACCCAAAAUUCUUGUUUCGUCUUUACAUGGCACGCAGACAGUACAGGGAAGCAGCGAAAACAGCCAUCAUUAUAGCAAAUGAGGAACAAAUAAGUGGCAGCUACCGCAACGCCCACGACAUGCUGUUCGCGAUGUACCAGGAGCUGCGUCGCCACGGCAUCAAGGUCCCGGCGGAGAUGCGCGCCGGCCUCACGCUGCUGCACUCGUACAUCCUGGUGCGCCUGCACGUGCGGCGCGGGGAGCACCUCAAGGGCGCGCGCAUGCUGGUGCGCGUCGCCGACAGCAUCUCCAGCUUCCCGGCCCACGUGGUGCCGAUCCUGACGUCGGCGGUGAUCGAGUGCAGCCGCGCCGGCCUGAAGUCGGCGGCCUUCAAGUACGCGGCGGUGCUGAUGCGGCCCGAGCACCGGCCGCUGAUCGACCCCAAGUACGCCAAGCGGAUCGAGGCGGUGGUGCGCAGGCCGGCUCGCGGCGGCGGCGGAGGGCAGCACCAGCCGGACGACGAGCGGGAGCCGGAGACUCCCUGCCCCUUCUGCGACGCCCCUCUGCCCGAGACGCGGCUCGACUGCGGCCAGUGCAAGAACCACGUGCCGUUCUGCGUGGCCACCGGUCGACACAUUGUAAAAGAUGACUUAACUGCUUGCCCAAACUGUGAUUUUCCUGCUAUUUACUCAGAAUUUAAAAUGAUCGCAGAGUCCGGGGAUCCGUGCCCGAUGUGCUCGGAGCUGGUGGCUCCGGAGAGGCUGAUCCAGAUCCGUGAUGCCAGGCCUUAUCUCUACCCUCAAGGGGAGGACUAGCGAUCUCGCACCGAGCUCAAACCUGUGCCCGGCCCGUCCGGUCGGAACUUGAUCCGUCCAUUGUGUGUCCAUCUGUAUGAGUGUAACUUGAUCCAUCCAUUGUGUGUCCGUCCGUAUGAGUGUAACUUGAUCCGUCCAUUGUGUGUCCGUCCGUACGAGUGUAACUUGAUCCGUCCAUUGUGUGUCCAUCUGUACGAGUGUAACUUGGAUCCGUCCAUUGUGUGUCCAUCUGUACGAGUAACUUGAUCUGCCCAUUGUGUGUCCAUCUGUAUGAGUGUAACUUGAUCCGUCCAUUGUGUGUCCGUCCGUACGAGUGUAACUUGAUCCGCCCAUUGUGUGUCCAUCUGUACGAGUGUAGCUUGAUCCAUCCAUUGUGUAUCUGUUCGUACGAAAGUAACUUGAUCCGUCCAUUGUGUGUCCAUCUGUACGAGUGUAACUUGUGUGUCCAUCUGACCGAGUGUAACUUUAUCCGUCCAUUGUGUGUCUGUCCAUACGAGUGUAACUUGAUCCGUCCAUUUGUGUGUGUGUAUGUGUUAACACAAGUACAAAUUUUCUUGCCUGUUUUUAAAAGAACUCACAUUACAAGUUAUUACUUUUUUUUUAUGCAUGUACCAAUAUUGAAGUAUCAAUAGAGUUAAUGGUUCAUCA